CUCCUCUGUGUCGCUUUUUGAUGAUGUUUUCGCGUUCCUCCUCCCUGACACGUGUGUGUCGCACAAACUCGAGCUGAAGAGGGGAAACCACAACUAACUUCAUCUUUUGGCACAUUUUUUAGGUGCUGUUUGUUUUUACUGUAUCGUCGACGGUUUUGUCAACUAAACCGUCAAGAUGGUGAAACCAAAGUUCAAGGGGAAAAGCACGAUUAAUCCCUCGUCGUCCAGCAGUAACCCAGAUCGGGUCAAGACUGCUGGCGGAAAUAUGAGGGAUCGUUCCACUAUCAAGCGUUUGAAUAUGUACAGGCAAAAACAGAGAUGUAACAAGAGAGGAAAAGUCAUCAAACCCUUACAGUUCCAAUCCACUGUGAAUCCUGGGACAGUGGCCCGAGUCGAGCCCAACAUCAAGUGGUUUAUAAACACGCGGGUGAUCAAGCAGUCGUCCCUGCAGAAGUUCCAAGACGAGAUGAGCGCCGUGCAGAACAAUCCGUAUCGCUUCGUGAUGAGACCUAGCAAAGUGCCCAUGACGUUGUUGCACAGUCGGAUUAAAGCGCACAAUUCCAAGGUGCACAUUUUGGACACGGAGGGUUUCGAGACUACGUUUGGCCCCAAAUCUCAAAGGAAGAGGCCAAGUCUUGUGGUCACCGACGUUAAAGACCUUUUGGACCAAGCUGAAGCUUCGGCCAUGAGCUACAGUGCUGACAAGGACAAAGACCUGGUGAUGGAAGACACAGGAGUACGGGAUGUCGCUCGUGAGGAGAUUUUUAAAAAGGGGCAGUCCAAGAGAAUUUGGGGAGAACUGUACAAGGUGAUCGAUUCAUCUGACGUCGUCAUCCAAGUUUUGGACGCCCGUGACCCCAUGGGCACACGCUCAAAGAACAUCGAGUCUUACAUCAAGAAGGAGAAAUCGUGGAAGCACUUGAUCUUUGUGCUCAACAAAUGUGACCUUAUCCCUACUUGGGUCACUAAACGCUGGGUGGCAGUGUUGUCCCAAGAGUACCCCACGCUGGCUUUCCACGCCAGUCUCACUAACUCGUUCGGUAAAGGCUCCCUCAUUCAGCUCCUAAGACAGUUUGGCAAGCUCCACACGGACAAAAAACAAAUCAGCGUGGGGUUCAUUGGUUACCCAAACGUGGGUAAGAGCUCCGUCAUCAACACGCUACGAUCAAAGAAAGUCUGCAAUGUGGCGCCCAUUGCUGGAGAAACCAAGGUGUGGCAAUACAUUACUUUGAUGAGACGGAUCUUCCUCAUUGAUUGUCCCGGCGUUGUUUACCCGUCAGAGGACAGUGAAACUGAUAUUGUUCUCAAAGGAGUGGUUCAAGUAGAGAAGAUCAAGGACCCAGAGGAACACAUUCAAGCGGUGCUAGAACGGGCAAAGCCAGAAUAUAUCCAGAAGACAUACCGUAUCCCCACGUGGAGCUCGGCAGAGGAUUUCCUCGAGAAGUUGGCGUUUCGCUCCGGGAAACUUUUGAAGGGCGGUGAACCGGAUCUACCUACAGUGUCCAAAAUGGUGUUAAAUGAUUGGCAGCGCGGGCGUAUACCUUUCUUUGUGAAACCUCCAGGGCCGGAAGGUGACCAAGAGGAACCUUUGCCAGUAAAAGCUGCCCCAGCAGAGGUAGGCAGCUUGCAGGAAGGCCAAACAGAGGACACCGCCCUCGUCCCUGUCGCCAAUGAAGAUGAAGAGCAGCAGAAGCAGCAACAGAAGGAGCAACUCAACAAGAUUUUGUCCAACGUACGGCAAAACUUCGGCAAGAUCAACGUGGCGCCAGAGUUCAACGAGGAGGACCUAGUCCCUGUAGAGAUGCCAGACUUGGACAUCUCUGGCUCGGAAGACGAGGAUGAAGAAGAUGAUGGAGGGGAAGAGGGGAGUGAGGUAGAGGAAGGUUUAAAGGAGGAGGAAGCGGUCGUUGAGGAGAAUCCGGUCGCUGAAAAAAAGAACUCCAAGCAGGUGAUACGUGAGCUGGAUGAGAAGAUCGCCAAGUAUAAGCAGUUUCUGGACCGAGCCAAAUCCAAACGCUUCUCUGCCAUCAGGAUACCUAAAGCUGAUACAGACCAAGUGUUGAAAGGCAUCAAACAGGCACAAACUAAAGCGGCCACACAGAAAAACAGAAAGAGGAAAGCCGAUGAUGAUGAGGAGGACGAAGCUGCCCAACAACCUAAACUGUCGUCCAAAGAGAGAAGAGCGCUGGAUCGUGCCCAGCGGUCGAAGAAAGUCGGCUCGCGCUACUACGAAACUCACAACGUCAAAAACAAGAACAAAAACAAGAAGACGAAAGACAACCAAGCAGGAACAUCAGAGGGAAGAAAAGCUAAGAGAGCUAAGCGCUAAAGGGUAGCAAUAAACUAUAUACAUUAAAAAAAAAAAAAAAAAAAAAAGGCUUUUAACUUUUUUUUUUCCUAAAUAGAAGCGACGUGAUUAUAUAAAGUUAUUUUUGUUGCUCUCAGGGGAAUCCCAGUCUUAAUUUCAAAUGUAUCUUGGUGUACAGACAAUUUUAGGGCUUAUGGAAAUGCAGUUUGUAUGUUACUUCUUUGGCAAGACCAUCCCUUCCAGCUGGGCCUAAUUGGAAAGACAAAUAUUAGGAUUUGGAAUGAAACCAUGAUAGGAAAGUUCUACCUUUAGCUGCUGGUUGGUCUUUUUCAGGAAGUGGAUCUGUUCCAUGUGCCUCUUCUCCUGCGCGUCCAGUUUUUCAUCAUUUCGCUUCUCGUUGGCGACGCGUUCGGCUUUCUGCUCGUUUAGCUGCAUCGUCAACUCUUGUUUCUCCUUUUCUAGGUCAUCUAUCUAUAUGUGUAAGGAGGGAAGACUAAUCAGCUUUGUGCUAUGUGUCAAAAAAGUCACUUGAGUUAAAAAAAAAAAAAAUCGGUCGCAUCUCUUAUAUCUUACAAUGUUUUUUCACUGGUGUCAAACUCGAGGCCCAGCGCCGAGCCAUUUUGUGUAGCCUGUGCAAACAAAUCCCGUGCAUUGACUUUUUUCACUCACAUAAAAUUUAAUUUGGAGUCUUCAAUGAAAGAUCGAGGCAGUGUCGUUUUCGUCAAUGAUGACUAUAACAAAAAUAUUUAGUCACCCAAAAUGUUUUUUGAUGAUGAGACGAUAAGAAGCUAAAAAUGUGUUUUGGGAGACUAAAACAAAACGAGACAAUUGCCAGUUUUAGUCUGACAAGACAAAAAUGCGCAAUCGUUUCGAUCAUGUUCACAGUGUGUGAGAUUUAAUGUGUAGUUAGCAUGAUUGGCUGACGUCCUGUCUCCAGGCUUGCACAUGUGGUAAGAUUUGUUUCCUUAUUUUGGCCAGAAAGAAUAUACAAUGUUGCUUUAGCCUUUAAAGGUCUGCGCUGAGUGAUCAUUACACACUAAAUUUAACUCGUCGCGUUAGCAUUAAGAUAAUGCUAAUGGCAAUUGUCCUCUUAAAUUCAUGGCCAACUUAUUUUUAUAUACAGUUUGUGGCGUCCAGGUGAGUAUAAUUGAUUGAAAAUAAUAUUUUCCUAAUGGGUGAAGUUGGCGUUGUCCUUGUAGACGCUCCGAUAUGUGCUUGUCUGUCAAUGUUCAUUCGAAAUAGUUGGGAACCUUUAUUUUUGGAGUAAGGGUGUGACGAAAUAUCGAAAUGGUGAUAUACCGUGAUACUUUGUAUUCCAAAAGGUUAUCGAUAUGCUCCUGCCAAGAAUCGAGAUAUAGUUUUAAAAAGGUGUCAAUAUCUGUAAAAAAAAAAAAAAAAAAAAAAAAGGAACCAACAAGUUGCUACCAAAAUUUUCCACCAUAAUAGUGUCUCAGUUAACUCUAAGGCAGCGUUGACGGUGCACAUCGCCCAAUCCAUUAAGACUCUGGGUUUUCAGGGCAUUUAUAGGUCACUUGCGGUUCAUUUUAGGGCAUUUAUAGGUCAUUUCCUGUUGAGUUUGAGUCACUGCCUAUUCAUUUGGGUGAUUCCCAGGUCACUUCCUGUUCUGUAACUCAAAAUCAACAGGAAGUGAUCCAUAAAAUACCCCAAAACCAACAGGAAGUAACUGAACAUCAACAGGUAAAUGACCUUAAAUGGCCCAAAAUUACCUCAUUGGCUGCCACUGACUAGCCUGGUACUCCGGACUCACGUCCGUUCCAGCUAUUGAGUGUAGCCACCAUUAAGCGGAUAAAAUUUCCAGGGUGGAGCAAGCCACAACAAACAGACAGCGGAGUGGACCAAUCGGCGACGGGCGGGACGAGGGACUUGCGCGCGGAAGUAAACAUAAGAGGAGAGCGGAGUUAAUUCAACAUGGCUAGCGCGAGACAGACUGUUGUCAAUGACUUGUGUCGAUGUGUUUUUGGUAAUUUAAAACUGAUUUUACCGUGGAUUGGAACAUAUUCUCGGCUCUCCCAUUCGCCAUCUGUGUUGUUGUGGAGACGACUUCCGACACGGAAGAGUGACAUUGCUUGUUAAGAACAUGUCACUCAAAUAAACGAAUCUGAUUUGUCGAUUGAUUUUGUACUUGCUCGAGAGGCCGUUAAUGGGCUGGGUCCCAGACUAUACUCUCAGUGUUUGACAAACACAGGGAGAACAGUCUGGCCGUGCCAGGCAAGCCACUGACGGCCAUAGACGUUCAAUCCGUUUGAAG